AUGUUCCUCGCAUGCGCCCUGGUCGGCGCACUCUUCGCAGCCAACUCAUUCGCGCACAUGGCGCUCAACUACCCAGCACCAUUCAACGCUCGCAACAACCCGCACCGUGCCUCCGACAGCUUCGAUCCAUACCUCGAGUUUCCUUAUGACAAGGCCGGCCCUAACGCUCGCUGGCAAUACCCGUGCCGCGGAUAUCAGAAGCUUAUGGGUACUCCUGAGGGAGCUCCUACCGCUACUUGGGAGGCUGGCAGCACUCAGAAUUGGAAUAUCAGCGGCAUCGGCAACCACUUCGGCGGGUCUUGUCAGGUCGGCUUCUCCGUCGACGGCGGCGAGACAUUCCGAGUUGCCACUUCGUACGAGGGUAACUGCCCUCACCGCAACAACGGCAAUGGUCCAGAGGGCCAGGACUUCGAGUUCAAGGUUCCGGGCGACAUCGAGCCAGGUGUUCACAUUUUCGCUUGGAUCUGGUACAAUCGCGAGCAGGAGUUCAACAUGAACUGUGCCGCUGUCAACAUCGAGCCCGCCGCAUCCAGCCACUACGUCGUCCGCUCUACUCAAGGUCACCGACGCCUAGUCUUCCGAACGAAGGAUAACCGCGAUGAGGAUGCGGGCUUUGUCGCGUUCAACGACCGGCCACUCAUGUUCGUUGCUGAUGAUGGCAAUGAGUGUUUGACGCCGCACACCACUGCUGAGCUCAAGUAUCCGCACCCUGGACCAGAUGUCGUGCAGGGCGACGGAGCUUAUCCACUUGAGCUACCGAGUGGCAAAUGCGCCCCAUCUCAGAUGCUGUUGAAGCAGGGCUAUAAUGGUGCAAACGGCAAUGACGGUCAUGCUUAA